AUGAAGUUGUCCAAUCCUUUCCAGAGGGACCAUCACAACUUUCCCAGCGUUGUGAUCCCCCUCGCCAAUGCCCCUUCGCGUUCCAGCCCGAGCCCGAGCCCGAGUUCGGUAGAAAAGAAAUUUGGCCCAGAUGAGAAAGCUAACGACAGGAGUUUCGACCAUGUUUCCUCCGAAAAGGGCAUUGGUCCCGUCCCUGAGUAUACACAUCUGACCCUUGAAGUUUUGCGUGCCGAAGUCGAAUCCGACAUCGCCGCUUCGGGUCACGACAGCGCCUAUGACCGCAAAGCGAAAGUAAUAAACAGAGCUGUUCAGGAUAUCGACAUGGGCCGUUAUCAAUGGGAGUUGUUUGCUCUCUGUGGAUGUGGCUGGCUUGCUGACAACCUUUGGUUGCAGGGUGUUGCUCUAACUCUAACGCAAUUAUCCAUGGAAUUCGGCGUUUCGGAUGACCGAGUGCGGUUUACCACCUGUGCGCUGUUCCUGGGUCUUUGUCUGGGUGCUUCUUUCUGGGGAAUCGCAUCUGAUGUGAUCGGACGUCGUCCCGCCUUCAACCUGACUCUUUUCAUCACUGGUGUGUUCGGUCUGGCCGCCGGCGGUGGCCCGAACUGGAUUGGAACCUGCGCUUUGUUCUCUUGCUUGGGACUGGGUGUCGGUGGAAAUCUGCCCGUUGACGGUGCUCUUUUCCUGGAAUUUUUGCCAUUUGCAUCUGGAAACCUCCUGACCAUGCUGAGCGUCUGGUGGCCGGUGGGCAACCUCAUCUCCAGCUUGCUCGCAUGGGCGUAUAUCCCUAACUUCACUUGCGAAUCCGGCCUUCCCGCCUGCAACCAGGUCAGUGCAGGCGAACAGUGCUGUCGCAAGGAGGACAACAUGGGGUGGAGAUACCUCGUCUUGACCCUGGGUGCCAUCACCUUCGCCAUGUUCAUCUGCCGGUUCUUCUUCUUCCACUUAUAUGAGUCUCCCAAGUUUCUGCUGUCCCGUGGCCGUCAGGAGGAAGCCGUCGCAGCCGUUCAUGGCAUCGCCUACAAGAACAAGUCCAAAACUUGGCUCACCGUGGAAAUUCUCAACGAGAUCGGUGGAUACCCAGAGGAAAGCGUUCAGCAGACACUCUCAAACAAGCAAAUUGCCAAAAGAUACCUCUCCAAGUUCUCGAUGCAGCGUAUUGCUCCUCUUUUUGCCACCAAGAAGCUUGGGAUCACCACCAUCCUGCUGUGGUUCUGCUGGGCCACUAUUGGAAUGGGGUACCCUCUUUUCAAUGCCUUCCUUCCCCAAUAUAUCAAAAGCGCCGGUGGUUCUACCGAACAAUCGACCUACACCGUCUACCGGAACUACGCCAUCACCUCCAUUGUCGGUGUCCCCGGCUCCAUUCUCGCCUGCUACACCGUUGAUAUUAAGUAUGUUGGUCGGAAGGGCACUAUGGUCAUUUCCACCAUGAUCACCGGUGUUCUCCUCUUCUGCUUCACGGCUUCCACGAACCCCGACAUCCAACUCGUCUGCUCGUCCCUGGAGGCCUUCUUCCAAAACAUCAUGUACGGCGUGCUGUACGCCUACACACCGGAAGUUUUCCCCGCCCCGAACCGCGGUACCGGUACCGGUAUUGCCAGCUGCCUCAAUCGGAUUGCUGGAUUGUGCGCCCCUUUGGUAGCCAUCUACAGCGGUAGCGGGAACGUCAAUGCGCCUAUCUACGCCUCCGGGUCCCUGAUGCUGGCUGCCUUUGUGGCUAUGUGCUUGCUUCCCAUCGAGACUCGCGGUAAGCAGACUUUGUAA